GGUGGGUGGGGCUAAAUGGAGGGCGUGGUCGAGCGGGGGCGGGUCCGCAGGAAACUUGAGCUCGUGCCCCGCCUCCGGGCCCCGCCUUCGCGUCCCCUUCCUUCCCGUGGCUGGCGGGCGGGCCGCGGCGACUGCAGGCGGCGGACUGGCGGCUCUGCGGACGCGCGGGCGCCUCCACCUCGCUCCCUCCCUCUCUGCCGGCUUCCUUUUGUCUUUCCGCGAGGCGAUGAGCGCAGGGCCAGCGCGGCGGCUGCGGGCGCACGGAGGCCCGCGCUCAUAGGCACCCCUUCCCCGGCUUCGGCGCGCCAGUCCCUCGCAGCGGCCCGUGCCCGCCCCCAGCGCCGGCGGCGCGGAACUUGGGCUCGGGGAGCUCGGCAGAUCGCGUCCUGCGACGGAGCAGGCCCAGUGGGGAGUCAGUGCCACCCUUGCCCCUCCUGGGAGGACAAGUCCGCUCAGGCUUCCAGGGCAUGGUCUAGCAGCCUGGGCCAGGACGUGGAAGCGGCCUCCGAGGUUCUGACCCCUGCUUUCUCUCCACCUCCGCUCGGCCUUGGCUACGCCGCUGCCCUGUACUUUAGAUGUUGUACUGAUCGGCUGUGGGAUUAUUGGCUAGCCACGCCCUGAGAAACUGAAACUCAGUUCUACGUCUUUGGGGAAAAGAAUCGGGAAGGACCUGAGCUACAAGCCUGGAAUGCCGCCUUCCUUCCCUCCCCUCUUUGUCCCCACCACACCAGCACCACGCUUGAUUCAGAGUAUAGACUAACUCAGGGUAAGGAAGGAAAGAGGGAUUCACACCUUCCUUCCUUCCCAGCUAGAGUGGAAGCACUUUGGGGGCACCUUGUACAUUUCUGUAUCCCCAACACCUCACCAGCACUUCACCAGGGGCUUCCCAGGUGGUGCUAAGUGGUAAAGAACCCGCUUGCCAAUGCAGGGGACAUAGGAGACGAGAGUUCAAUUCCUGGGUCGGGAAGAUCCCCUGGAGGAGGGCAUGGCAUCCCACUCCAGUAUUCUUGCCUGGACAAUCCCACGGACAGAGGAACCUGGUGUCCAUAGGGUCGCACAGAGUCAGACACAACUCACAGCCUAUCACGCAUGCACCUCUGCACCUUGAUCCCCACUCAGUAGGUGCUCUGAUAAUGUGUGUUGACUGACACUUUCUGUGUGAGUUUGUGCUGUGGCACCAGCUCUGCCUGCAGAAUCUUUGGCUUCUGGUGCUGUGAUUUAAGAAUAAAAACAGCAAAGGGCAGUGUUUAGGAGAUGUCUUCACUCGGAUUAUAAAUACACUCUGAUGACAACUCAAGACUGUAGCCCUGGGGCCACCAAGAGGCAGCUGGCAUGUCACUGUUGGUGCGCCCAGCGUCUUGGCCAGGCUGAUGCCACUUUUCGGGAGAAUGACUUACUGUUUUUUAUUUCUCUCCAAAGACAUUAAACAUGAAUCAAAUAGCAGAUGAGAUGAUUCACUGGAAGUUUUCUUCCAAGUUUCAAAACACACACACACAGAGAACGGGAUUGAUGUGCUGAACCGUACGUAAGUGAAGCCAGGCAGCAUUAGGCUGGAGCCCUGCCUCCAGGGGCUCUGCUGUGGGCAGCACCUCGCAGAGGGGGACCUCGCCCUGAGGUCGAAGCCCUGUGUCAACCAUCACAAAACCCCAGAAGGCCACGGGUGUCUCAAAAACCCCUCAAGUCUAAUGUUCAUCAUGACAUUGCUUCCGUUUCUACCCAAGAUAUCCUAGAAUGUGACCAAACCUCAUUAUCUGGGGCACAGGAAUACACAAUUUGGAAAGGGUUCAUUUGGGGCCCAUGGAUUGAGAAUUGAGUCAUGGCUGAGGCGCGGAACCUGGCAGAAAUGAGCCUUCUCCCACCUGCGGGGAGAAAAGCGAAUGCGUCUGCCAACCGGGAUCCUGGGGAGAGGGACACACACGGUCGCCGGGUGGGUGAACGUCUCUGGUGCCGUCCAGGCUCCCACUGGCAGUAGAUUCCAGGACGUUUUUGAGGGUGGAACGUGCCUCGGGGGCCACGUUGUCCAAACUCAUAUUUUUCAGAUGAGGAAAGUAAAGCUGUGAGGCACGUGACUUGCCCAAGAUUGCCCAGGCAUCCCGACCGCACCCUUGGGGGCGGGGGGUGGGGGGACAGCGGUCCUAUAGUAACAUCUGAUUCCUGUCUGCUCACUGACACCCUUCAUCUCCCUCAGGGCUCUCCCAUGUUCCCACCUUUACCAUCUGCCCGAGAAAGAAUGCAGAGGCAGUUUUUCAGGUAUUUUUUGACUCAGACUGUACCAAUUUGAAGGCCUUCCCUAGUGGCUCAGAUGGUAAAGUGUCUGUCUACAAUGCUGGAGACCUGGGUUCGAUCCCUGGGUCGGGAAGAUCCCCUGGAGAAAGCAAUGGCAACCCACUCCAGUACUCUUGCCUGGAAAAUCCCAUGGACAGAGGAGCCUGGUGGGCUACAGUCCACGGGGUCGGACACGACUGAGUGACUUCACUUUUACUUACCAGUGUGAACUGCCCUUUGGGUCAUUAGUCCGAAUUCCAACUCCUCAGGGUUGAUGGUAUCUUUUCUUCUUUCCUCCGCUGCCUCUGCUCCCUGCAUCCUGCAUUUGUUGAUCAAUCCAUUCGUUCCUCAUUCCCCUCCACUGCUCUGUAUUGCCCCACGCUGUUCUGUGCUGCUCGGUACUGAUGUGUUGUUAGGCUGCUCGUUGCCCAGGAAGGUGCCUGGGGAGGUAACAGGCCCAGCUGUGGAGCAGGGAUGGGGCGCUUGCUGGUGGUCUCCCCAGAAGCUCGGGCCAGAGUUGCUGAAGUCACAGAGCUGCCCAGGCUCCCUGCAGCCCCUGCCCAGAUGAGGCCCCGUCCACAUCCCUGGCCGCGUGCCUCCAGCCACACCACACAGUUCCACACACUCAUGUCUCCCCGCAUGCUGACGCCCUCUGCCAUGUCGCCCCAGCCCUCCUCUACUGCAGGGACCCACCCACAGCAGAGCUUGGCUCCCGUGUGGCUCACAAGUCACACCUUCGGGUCCUGGUGCAUAAAGUGUGUGCCAGCCUAGGACACGUAUGAAGUAGCUGUGGCGGGAAUGAAGGAAUGGAAAGCGUGGCCCACACUGGUUUCUCCGAGAUAACUGAAUUCCUGGGGUGAAAUAUUUGUUGUUGCAUACACCGUUGUGUUGGAAAGCCCUUCUCUCCCGAGAGCACCACCCCCUGCCCCACCAGACCUGGUUUCUCUCCCACUGGAGCCAGAGAACCGACUGAGGCUUCCAGGCAGCGCCUGGUGGGGCCGCAGCAGUGUGGAGGAAAGGGCCAUGCCGAGUGUGAGUGUGUGUCUGUGCGUGGUGUAUGUGUGUGUGUCUGAGUGUGUAUGGUGUGGGGGGGUUGUGUGUGAAAUGUGUGUGGGGUGGGCAAUACAGUGUGUGUGUGUCUGUGUGGUGU